GGCCCAGUCGGCCAGUCUUGUUUAAUCGCGGACGUCGGACGCGUUAUAUAGUAUGAAUAUUAUUGUUAUUACGAUACGCGCGAUUUAAUUAUUACCGUUCGUUUACAUCCCGCGGGUGAAAAAUAUCGUAACGUUACGUAGGUGCCCGUCCACAGUAACAAUAAUGUGAUUUGUGUUCGGCGCGCGCGUUUCAUAUUCGUUCGAGUCGACCUACGAGAGUGUAAACCUACCGUACCUAACUGUACCUCAACAGUCUGCACCCAUACCGGGCGCCUUGCUCCGUUCGGAACCGCGUAUACCAAAUAAGUGCCAACAAUCAUUAUAAGUAGCCGCAAUUCGAAACAGGUAAUUAUUAUUAAUCCGCAGAGCUAUAUUAUUACAAUGGUGUUAUUGACGUCCGCGCCCGGGCCUUAAGUCCGGACACGAAACAGAAAACCGCGGCAUAAAUGCGUACCGCCUUGUCCCGGACGACAAACCGAUGACGUUACAAUACGAUCAUUCCGCGUUCCAACGGAAACGGUUAUUACUUACUUUUGAUUUUGUUUACUUACGCAUACUUACGCAAAACACAAUGUAUAAAAUAAUAUACUACGUAGGUAUAAUUUUGUCCAUUGUCUAAACAAUAUCGACCGGCGCAUAAAUCACACUUUCCUUGAGACUUAACGUCCACUGAAUGUCGAAUGAUAGGCGCCCUCGUGACGAAAUUAAAAUAUAAUUUUAAAUAGUGUAGAAUAAAUGUACCUAAAGACGGCUUCUGCAGUAGACGGCCGCCGCACCGGCCGAGAAUAACUGGUCCGACGAGGUUGUAAGAUAAUUCGGCUCGGUACGGUUUUUCUUAUGCACGUGUCCCGGCUCGGGUUUACUCAGUGUCCUAAGACUGGGGUGCCUGAAAAAUAACCGAAUUAACAGCAAAGAACGCGUUAUGAUUAUUAUCAAUCAUUAUUCGCGGUUCAUUCGCAUUUUGCCGACAUUUUAUUUUGUUAAUAUUUACCUGCGACGUACGUUACUCAAGUACUCUAAGUAACUUCAUCCCACUACAGCUCGUGUUAAAACAACACGUUUUCGUUGUCAUUUUUGCAGGGUUUACACUGGGUUGUCUUAAAUUGUCAUUGUACUAAACUGCAAAACUGUACUAAAAUUAAAUUAUGAAAAUAACGAGAAAAAUGAUUUUGAACAUUUAUCGAAUCGUUGAUUAACUAUUGUUAUUGUCAAUAGUUAUUGUAUUUUCCGAUAAUACUAAAUGUAUAUUUACCUACGUUCAUGACGCGAUUGCGGUACUGGAAAUUAUUCAGUAAUAAUAGUUGCAUUGCAACAAUAAUAUUUCAAUUCAAAAUAGUAAUACAACCGAUUUAUUUGCCGGCAAAAUGGGAUGUUGGCAAAAUAGGAGUCGGCGACGUGGGAAGCCACGCUAUUCACUUCCCAAGAUAAGAUCAUAUAGAAUUAUAUGUAAUAAAAUAUAUUUUAUGAUUACCCUUGAAAAUGAUAAAAUAAGCAAAUAAUUUAAUUUUUAAAUUAUUCAUGACGACAUGGUCAUUAUUUGUUUCACGCAGUGUCCUCGUAAAAAAAAAAAAAUCUCGGCUCGGUCAGGAUUUAAAUUUAAAGAACCCAGCACAAAGCCUGUACGUGCCGGGCUGGCCCUUGCAGGUAUUUUAUAAAUAUUUAUAAUAAAAUAAUUAAGAAAUUAAAUUGGAAUAAUUAUUAUUCUAUUUCCAUAGGUAAUGGUAAAAAUGGGAUUCCCUCGAUGUUUUUUGUUUUAUUCAAUUAAAUCUUCAGCGUACCUUUUGAAGAUUAUGUUAAAGAGUUAAAGAGCCUUUUAAGCGCAGACAGAAGGACCGAGUUCCUUUGCGCCCCCUCCCACUCUAAGUCUUGGAUGACUGGACUGCACUUGAUAUUAUAUUGUUACUGUCGUUGGAUUUGCACUCGCGUAAUAAAAUAUAAUCACAAGUUAAGAUUUUUAAUCACUUUGUAAAAACAAAAAUACAUACAAUGUAGAGGUAGGAAUUUUCUCUCGUUUCAAGUCGUAUUAAUCAUGCGUCUAAAAUUGUACCUAUUAUCAGGUGAAUCUAUUUUCUUUUGAAUCGGUGACAGAUUAAUUAAUUAUGAAGCAGCCCGAUCUACUCGAUGUUGCAUAACCAUAGACCGUAAUAUUGAAAAUUAAAUUCGAUUACUCCAUCACUCCAAGAGGGAUAACAAGUAGUGUUAUCAUUAAAUAUAAUAAUACAUUAUCUGAUAAGCUGCAGCUGUAUUUAUAUCAUAAACUAAGUUACCUACUACAUAGUAUUAUGUACCUACUAGUAUUCUCGUUGAUGUAUCUACAGCGUUACUUCGAAUCCCGGAAAAAAAAAACACAAUUUUAAAACUUUGAAUAUAAUAAUUGAUUAUAAAUUAUUACAUUGAAAAAUUUUAAAAAAUUAUAUCAUUAUAAUUUAUAUUAUAACACUAGGACACUGACACUUUAGUGACUUUAAUUAAAAACAUUUUAAAAACAAUUAAAAAAAACCAACAGUUUUCAUAAGAAAUAUAUUUUUAAAAAUAAUAUUAAAUAAACAUUUUUUUAAUUUUACAUAGUUAAUUAAUAGGUAUAUUAUUUAAAAUUUUAAAAUUGUUGUUCUUUUUUUCUUUGGUCUUUUUUUACCGAUUACCCGUUACCACGCGCACUAAAGAUCCAAAUUCCAAUUCGGUUUCAGUCAGUAACACUAAUUCGUGAAACAGUUUUUUUUCAAAAUCGUUAAAAGACGUAAGACCGAUUCGACCGAAUAAUUUCUGAACGUUAUUUGGCCUUCUCGACCGAUGAACAAAUCAUUUUGAUUCAUUCGGCCGCUACCGACCCACCUCUAACAUACGAUAAAAUAUUAUGCAAUUAUUAUACUCAUAAUAUAGGCAUUUGUUUUAAUAUUUAUACUGACAUAAUAAAAUACAAUAAUUGUAAAACACAUUAUAUAAAGCCACAUAACUAUAAUAUUAUAAUACUACGGAAUUUUCAAAACAAUACAAUUCCUAUUAUUGUUAUUGCUUAUUAUACCGCAGAGCUGUUAUACACAAUUCGCCAUUCAAUGCCAGAAUAAAUUAUACAGUGUACCCGGGUAAUUACGAGUAUUUUAACAAUUUAGAAUAUAAUACGAUGGUUAUCAACGUAAGUGUAAAAAUAAAAAAAAAUAGAAUAUAAAAUAAUUUAUAAUGAAAUGUAUUCCGAUUGUAACUUUACAGCUGAUGUAGGCAGGUAGGUACUUAGGUAUUUUAUAGUGCAAUUUUACGCACAACGUAUUUUUCAUUUUUUUAUAAUAAUAAUUCUAAUAGGUACAAUUUUGUAAGUUUACGUGUUUACAUAAUGAUAUAAAAUAUUAUGUUAAAAUAUAUGACUACAUAAUACAAUAAUAUUACAAGCAUGUGUUUUAUCUGAGCACUCUGCAAGUUCCAGCAAGUAAGCCAUUGUUUCUUUACAUGAACCAAUUCACCCAGAUUAAUUCACACUUAUAUCUUUUGUUUACCUCUAAAGAUGAAAUUUAAAAAUUUGAAACAUGGAUUGAACUCAGGAUACUGUAAAAAAAUGAAACCCUAAAUAUUAAGUCAUUUUAAAAGGUAAGAAUUCCAAAAGUUUGAAUUAUUGUUAUUGACUGGCUCACUCAGUUAUCAUCAAAAUUAUAAGGCACACACUUCUCGUUAAUGUAGAAAUGUGAAGUUUGGCAUAUGAUCUACCGUUUUAUAGUGUAAAUAAAGUGAAAAAGAGACCGACAUACUUAACACGAUUGGUGGGCCACUGUUGUAGGUGAGAAGUUGAGAAGGUAGGAUUUAGAGGAGAGUUUACUGUAUACAACGAUUAACCACUGCUAACGAAAAACGAUUCUGAGUGGAGUUCGGUUAUACACUUAUAUAUGUUUUAAAAGGUCGUAAUAUUUACGAUUUUCGUCAACAUUUAAUAUUAAAAUUUGUAUAAAAAAAAUACUACAUUAAACUAAAAUUUUUUCUUAUUGACUAACUUGAAUCUUUUGUUAGAUCUUCAAGCAUUUCUGUUCGGUCAAACAAUUGCAUUCAUAUCAUACCUAUCAAACUAUAACUAAAAAAAUUAAAAAAUGUCAAAUACCUACAAAUAGUUCAAAAAGCGCUCAAUUUUGAGAAUAUUACUACGUUUAGAAAAGGCAAAUAUAAGUUUUCUAUUCAAGUUUCAAAUCUCUACGAACAUUUUGAAAUAAAUUACACUAUUGAAACAAAACUGAAAGUAAUAAAAGCAUUUUAGCACUUAAUUUUGUACAUUUUUCUGUUUUCCAACCUUUAUUCCCCUCAUAAUUAUAAAAACUGCUUGGUCCAAUGGGAAUACUAUUGUUAAUUAUAAUAUUAAUUAAGUUGCAGCGCAAACCUAUAUUAUGAUGAGACAGAAGUUAAUUAUUUGACCCAGUAGCUCACUCAUUCAGCGAUGUUGACAAAAUAUCCCAAUAUUAACAACAAAUUUUAUUCAUUAACUUAUACAAAUUCGAAAUUGUUUCAACGUCUCUACUGGAGCCAGCCAUAAGGAAUGAUAUCUCCAAUAAAAAUCUAACCAUAAUAACAGGGCUAAAUCCCAAACAACCUCUCCAUAAAAAAAAAUAUUCAGCCUAUUAAAGUAGUGGUAUCUAGGUACAUUGUGGCCAAGUCUGUGUUAUGUCUUAUUCAGAAACUGGCCAUGUGUUAAGCAAUAUAAAUAUAAGAGCAGUGUUUAGUGUUCCUUUAUAUACUUCAUUACCUAUGUGGAAUUUCUUUAUACCAGUGCAAGUAUUUUAUUGCUUUGUGGAUUUAUUAGGUAGCAAGGUAGGUGUAAAAUGUAUAGAGCUUUCAGUAAAAUAUUUAAAAAUAAAUGCAAAUUAUAUACAUAAAAUAUAAAGGUCGCUGUUAUUUCAUUUUGUAUUGAUCUUUAUUGUAGAAAGUAAUAAACACGCGAUCAUUAGUUUUAUGAAUAUUUAUUAUAGGUAAGAUACUUACAUCAGGUAUACAUUAGGUAUUUAGGUCUCUACAAUGACUGCAGUACUCAAAACAUGCUUCAUCAAUUAAUUGUUCAGUUUGCACAUAUAUACAUAUUAAAUAAUUAUAUGUGAUAACUAUUACACAAAUUUACUUAGAUAGGUACCUACAUAAAUUAAAAAUAAUUAAAUAUUCACAUUCUGAACAAUAUAAUCAAUUUUGUAUUGUACAAAUAUAUUAUGUGUAUGCAAUAUACAUAAAUACUAUUAUACUUAUUAGUUAUUUAUAGUUAUGUACCUACACUUCAUUGCAUGUAAAGUGAAUAUUUAUAACAUGUCAAGCCAGUUAUAAUAUGAAUAAAAAAAAAUAUACCUCUUUUAUACAAAUAUUUCAGAUACUACUGAACUACAAAAUUGUUAUUCAUAUGAAAACUAGUUGUUUGUAAUAAUUACAAUUUGCAAAUAUAAUAAGGCAUUGCAUUUAUUAAACUUAUGAUACAAUAUAAAUAUUCUAAAAUAUGUAGUGGGAAAAAAUGAAUUAUUUUUAUAUUCUGAUAUUUCGUAUAAUAAUCAUGAAGGUAAUUACCUAUAAUGUACCUAUAAUGAGAUAGGUAUAAACUAAGUUUUUAAAUUGUCGUAUUUCACACACACAUAUCUUGCUUAAAAAUUAAAAUACCUUAAAAAAACGUAGAAGCACAAAUAACUUUGUACUUUUAAUAGGUCAUUUUACUCUAUACUAUUAAAAUCAAUGGCAUAAAUUUAAAAAUUUGAUGUAUGAUGCUUUUUUGGGACAGCAGCACAAUUGUUUUGAAUAAAAUAAUUCAAAAUAUCAUGACUCAUGAGAAUAUUGUACUCUCACUUUUAAUUUAUUUCUAUAACUUAGUACCACUAAUAAUAGAUUUAUUGAUGACAUUAUCAGGUUAGGUGUAAAUAUAAAUCUUUUUAAUGUUUUAUUAAUUAAUUAUCAGGCAAAUGUCAAUGUAUUGAAUCCUUAUUAAAUAAUAAAUAAAAUAAUCUUUUACAAUGCUUAAAAUCUAAAAAAAUUAUAUUAAUUGUUUUAAAAUAAUAAAAUAAUUUUAUUUAUUUGUCAUUUUUAAGAUCAAAUUUUAGAUUCCAAACAGAGCAAGGAAUGUAUCCGUUUUAAAAUGAUUUUUAUUAAUUUUUUUUAUCUGUGAACAACUUUUCUACCAGAAAUUUUUCUCAGAUUUUCAAGUGUAUCAAUUUUUCUGAAAAGAAAUCAGACUGAGUUGUUACUUUUGGGAGGUUAUUUUUUGAUUUUCCUAUGGUGUUUCAUAAUAAAUGGGAAAAACCAAUAAGUUAAAUUACCCUAUACAUCGUACCUUUCCAACUUCUCAGUGGUCUAUCCAUUGUGCAAUGCGUGUCGGUAACUGUUUUUAUUCAAGUUUUAUUUAUAUUUUAUUAGGAGAGGAGUGUGAAAUUGCAUGUUUUUAAUUAACUUUCCAAGUAAAAAUGUAUUUAUUACAAAUUUAACUCUCAUAAAUGUUUAAUAACAUUUGAUAAAUUUGAUACAAACUUAGGAAAAAAAUAAAUAAAAAUAUUUUAUACAAACAUUUUUGUAUUUACUAACAUAAAAUCAUGAUUUCAAAAAUAAUUAAUCAUUCAUUUAAAGAAGAUGAUUGUUCCUGAUUUUUCAUAUUGAAACUUUUCUUAAUAUCUUCUGACAUACAUUUCAUUGAGGACAGAUUUCUAUAUUGGUGUUCAUUUUCUUCAUCUUCAUCAUCAUCAUUAUCAUCAUCUUCAUUGUAAAUCAGGGAUAUAUACUUAAUAUUUUCUUUUGAAAACAAAUUCCCAUGAUCUUCAGAUUUCUCUUUCAGCAAAAUUGAACUGAAUUUUUGUCUUAAUUUUUUAAUAUUGGUUUUGCCAUCUUUGAUACACUUAAAAUGGUUGAUUACUUGAUUUAAUUUGUUAACAAGUUCGUUAUUACAUUCAAAAUUAAUUUUUAGGUUACACAGAGAAUUUACUAGUAGUUUUGUAUAUGGUUGAUCUUCAUCCAAUAAAUAAUCUAAUAUAUAACCAGCCAAUUCACUAUGAGCAUUAAUUGCUUAUUUUCAUCUCUGAAUAUGGUUCCUUGACACAGGUUUAGUAAUGUGGUAUUCAUUUCAUUUAAAUCAAUAGAUAAUUUGUUUAUCAGUUUAUGUUUGGCUAUCUGUUUGAGUACUGGAACAUAACACUUGGCUAUUGUACUACUGCUAGAAGGAAUAUGAAACAUAUAAGUAGUAAAAAAUUUCAUAAGAGUUUGGUAGACAUUAAAUGUUUCACUUGUUAAACCUUUGAACCAAAUUAUUAGAAAUUUGGAUAUUACAUAUAUUGACUUAAAUUCUUGGAAAACUAUUAAAUUGCAAAAACUUUCAACUAUUACAGUUUUAUAACUACUGUCAUCAAUUUCAAAAUCAACAGAGUCUGCUAGUAAUGGUAAGAUAUUUUCACCUGUGAAGUCAUCAUCACAUAUUAAGUCUGCAUCUAUGUCAUCACUGAUAUCAAAACUUUUUAAACCAUAAGUCAAAAAUAAUUCAAAUAAUAUCUGAAGCAUCAAAUGCAUAUCGGUCAUAGGACUUGAUAUUUCAAAAAAAAUAGUGUUUAUGUGAAAUUUAGCUGCAUUUAAAUUAUUGACCAUUAGGUAUGGAGUAAGGGCGCGGAUGGCAUUCAUUCGUAUAUCAACUAUUAAACACUUCAAGUAAUCAACUAUCAUGUUCUGAAUAAUAUCUGUCAUCAGAGACCGUUCAUUCGAAACUUUUAUCAUUUGUUGUACUUGAAAGACUAAUUCAAAGCUUUUAAGUAAAAUUUUGACUGCCUCUUUUACUAGUUUUUUAUCAUUGUCUGUCAAUAAAUUAUUUAUAUUAUUGUAUUCACUUUUCAUUUUAUUCAGUUUUAUUAUUAACAUCCUUAAUUGUUUUGAAUUAGAAUCAGUUUUUAAAAUAUUGUUGAUCUGUGUGGUUUUCAUUUCUAUUUGAUUUUCUAAAAACAUUAGUGUACCUACUUUAUUCAUUAAAGGUAAUAUAUCAAUUAUCUGUGUUUGAAUUUCAUUUAAGAUUUGUUUGGUGUAAUUUAAAAUAUCUGGUCCAUUUUUAAAAGUUAAAUUUAAUAAUACUGUUAGAGGUUGUAUGACAGGUUGUAUGGUUGUGUGACAGAUGUCUUGCUGUCUAAUAUUAAAUCAUGACAAAGUAUAUUUAAACUUGUUGCACCAACAUCGUCCAUAGCAAAUAUACUAGCUAAAUCCAAUAAUUGCAUCAGUAUAAAUUCUUUGUCACCCCUGGUAUUGUAAAUAAAAUAAUAUUCUCGUAUAUAAUUAGAAAAUAUGACCAUAUCUGGUAAUAAAACUUCAAUAUAUUCAUGACCCUCUGCAUUAGCCAAUGCUAUUUUUUUUUCAAUAGUUAAAUAUUUACUAGUACAUUUCCAUAGAAAAAUCUUUUCCAUUGUCAAUUUAUUAAAAUUAAUUAGUCGAGACUUGGAAUUCAAAUACUUAUUUGUCAAUUCCAAAACUUGACUAUCAUAAAUGGACUCAAACAAUAUAUUUAUAAUUUGUUCACAUACUGAUACAUUUUCUAAAUCCAUGUGCUUUAAAAGUAUUUCAAAAUCAUUGUUGCAGUUCUUCAACCAUUUUUCCAAUAGUUGCUUUUUGAUUAAAUACUUAAUACUUAAUACUUAAUACUAUCAGGGUCUUUUAAUCCAUAUUCCACUAUAAUUUGUCUUUGUUGGGAUGAUAAACGAUCAAAUGGGUACUCUAUUAACCGAUUGUAAGCUUCUUUCUUAACACUUUUAUUCCUAUCAGACAAAGUGUAUUCUAACAUUUUGUCGACAACAACAUUAAACAUGACAAUUUGUUUGGCAAUGGAUGCUCUAACUUCAACGCAUGGAUCACAAGUCAUAUGAAAUAAGAAUUGCUUAACUAUUUUACACUUUUUAUAGUCAGGUAAUUGCAACCAGUGUAAAGCAUGUACAGCUUGUACUCGAACUUCUGCUGCUUUAUCUGUUAAUCGACACAGUAUGAUUGACGUUGUGAAUUCGCACAGUUCAACUGACAAUGCAGUGUCAGUGGACAUAAAAUUAAACAGAUAAUCAAAAAACAGACAAAAUCGCCACCUAAUUAUUUUAUUGUUGCAUUUUGAUUUACGAACACAUAUUCGAAAAAAAAUCUGUUAACAAAAUCAUACCACCAUGCUCAUCCUUAAUGUUGUCUUUGCUUAGCACUGAUAAACUAUGGGCAGCAAACUUGAUCAUAUUGUUGACAACUGAACAAUACAUAGGCGUAUCCGAAAUAAAAACAGAACACAAUGCUUCCAUAAAUAAAAUUUUAAAUUCAUCAAAAUUCAUUGCAUCAUAUUUGGCUUUAAUUAUUCUUACUAAGUUCGGUUGUGAACCAACAUUGCCCGCUUUCUCAAACAAUUUGAUAAUGGUUUUAUUUUUGACCAUGUUUGAUUUAUCUAAAGGAUUUAUUGUACUUGCAUAUAUUUUUACUCAAAGCUGCUCACUAAACUUUUCAAAGGUCAUCUAAAUUAAACAGAAAAUAUUUUUAAUACAUUAAUAACAUUCAAUUUGUCAAAAUAAAUAUUUAUGUUGGAACAAUUCUGCUUUAGCUCUCACACAAUUUUUUUUUUUUCAAAGUGUAUGGUUUUGAAUACACAUUAAAAAGUCGGACGUACUUUGUUUGAAAGUUUUGGGAGAAAAUUUCAUGAAGUUUGGGUUUUGCGUUUUGUGAAUUUCUUAGAUAGAAUUUAAUAUUUUCAAAAUUUUUUUUCCCAAAAUAUGUAGUUUUUUUUUAAUGCUCAAUCCAUCGGUUUAAUCAAAAUUUACCUAUCAUACUUAUUUUCAUAGUUUUUAUACAUAAACCUUCAAAAAUAGCAUUUUUGGUAUUUUGAUAUUAUGAUAACAAAGUUUUUUUUUAUUGAAGUCAGAAUAAGUAUCUUGCUUCGUUUUAGAGUUACAAAUAUUCAAAUGUGCCGUGUUUCGCUGCGCUUACUCGAACUAUUUUAAUUGAAAAUAACCCUUGAUUUGUUAUGCAAAACCACGUCAGGUAGGGAACAGCAUAAAUUGAAAAAGCAUUUUAAGUGGAACUAGAGACUCAAUGCGUUCACUCUCUAGGGUUAUUUUCGAUUAAAAUUGUCAGAGUAAGCACAUAGAUGCUUAACCUAACCUGACCUUACCUAACGCGCGUUUCAAUAUUUGUAGUAACUUUAAACUAGGCCAGAUAGACUUAUUUUGACUUUAAUAAAAACUUUGUUAUCAAAAUAUCAAUAACUACAAAUAAUAAUAAUAAUAAAAAAUGUCUAUUUUUGACCACAUUUUGGAUUAAUUCCAAAAAUACUAUUUUUAAGGUUUAUGUACAAAAACUAUAAAAAUAAAUAUGAUAGGUAAGUUUUGAUUACAUUGAUGGAUUAAGCAUUAAAAAAUACCUACAUAUUUUGGAAAAAAAAAUUUUUGAAAAUGUUAAAUUCUAUCUAAGAAAUUCACGAAACCGCAAAACCCAAACUUCAUGAAGUUUUCCCCCAAAACUUUCAAAAAAAGUAUGUCAGACUUUUUUUUUUUAUAUUUUUAAUGUACACGCAAAAACAACAUUUUGAAAAAAAAAACCAUAAAAAUCGAGUGGCAGCUAAGCUAGAAUUAUACCUUAAUUAUAACUUAUGUUAUUUAGUUAUUAGUUAAAUUGUGUCUAAGCCUAGUUAUUACUUACCAAAUGAAUUCGAACAUCUUGGAUCGUGAAAAAAUGUUAUAACAACUUAGUAGGUACUUAACCAACAAGUAACAACUUGUAUUAUGAUUUCUCUGCUAAUGAUAAACAUCGUUAACACAAAAAAUUACUUAUUAAUGAGUAGUCGUCAACUUAAUUUUAACAAGUGGACUGCUAUGUCACCAUGAGUAUUGAGUAUUAUAUUAUAUAUUACUAUAUUAGGUACCUAUUUAGGUUAGAUGACCGGAUGUCAUUUUUACGUUGUUAUAUUUUAGUAAUACCAAUUUUUCUUUUAAGUUAUUAUGCUAUAUUUUUUUGAUAAAUAAACUUCACUAGCAUCUAGAGACAUCGCCUCUUAUCAGCACUUAACUUAUCAGUAUUAGGGCCAGUUGUCAUUGAGUAACUACUACAUUUUUUAACAUUACUCAAUGUCAGUAGUUGUACAGGAAGUUCCGUGGUUAAACAGUGAUAAGGAAUCAAGGAUUAAAAUUUAAUCGUUGUACAGUUGGUGAUUUGGUUUUGAUUUUAAUUAUUAAAUCGUGAUGUGGUUGUUUAUGUACAUUUUCAUUAUUUUUUAUUACAGUUGGUACUGAUUCAAGUGGUACCAUAGAUUUUGUGAGUGAUACUUUAUCUUAUAUUUAUAUUAUUUCACCCAAAUAAUAAACAUACCAUAUGUUCCUUAAUUCAGCUGUAAUGUAAUCGGUGGUGGCAUCACUGAUUGCACCACGGAAUACUUAGAUCAUACACUAUGGACAAAACGAAUGACUGAAUAUUUGAAGCAAACAUAACUACGGGGAGUUGGAUUAAUGCGCAAGCGCAAAAUUUAUAUCACGCGCAAUUGGUCAAAUUUACGUAAUCAUGUGUGACGUACCUACCAUCACUGUCUGAUGGUUUUAUAAUUAUUAUACGAUGAAUAUGCGACGAGUAUUAAUAGGCAUGCGCAAUAGGUUACAGUUCUCUUAGUACUCGUUAAUAUUGAUGUCUUCAACUCGUAAUACGCGUUUAUCGUGCAAUAGCUCUAUCCAUAGCAAAUGAUCUAAGAUGAAAUAUUAAAGAAACAUCGUUUUAAACAGUGUUAUCGUGAAACCUAAAUCUUUAAUAACAAUAAUUAAAUCAAGGUGGAUUAAUAAGGUGUAAUCACUUUUACUGGCCCGCCUAUGAUUAAUUAAUUGAAAACAUUACUGCAGUUAAAAUUGCAGGUUCCUACCCGAUCUGGACCAGAAAUUGUAUUAUUUGUAUGUAUUUUAAUAAUAAAUUGACUACAAUUAUGGACAUUUUCUAUUUUUUUAUUGUAAAAGCGCAUAUAAAAUGAUACACCUUUAAAGAAAAAAUAUGCUAUAUUUAUUAAUACAUAUAAAUACAUAAUAUAAUUAUAUUAUUAAAAUAUAUUUUAUUUACGUCAAGAAUUAUUUUUUGGUUAUUUUAUUUUUUACGGCAAAAAUUGUAUAUUUAUAUGUUUAAAACAAUAGUUGUUAAUACCACAAAUUAUAUAUAUAAUCUGUCAAACUUAUCAAAAGAAAAUACUAAAUUUUCCUUAAAAUAUUAACUUUUAGAACCGUACAAUAAUUUGAUAAUAGUAACAUGUCAUCAAUGAUACGAACAAAUGUUAUAGUGCUUUUCUGAACAUUUUUUUUUUUUUCUGUAAAAGUGCAUUUAAAAUGAAACCCCUAUAAAGAUAAAUUAUGGUAUAUUUAUUAAUACAUUUAAAUACAUAAUAUAGUGUAAAUAUCUACCAGGUAUGUGUCAAUAGGUAACUAGUUGAACUGAAAAAAAUAUACAUUCAUUUUUGAAACAAUGUGUAGUAUAUUACGUGUAGUAUGAGCAUAAAAUACAAAACUUAUUGUUUUGGAAUGAUGAUCUAAUAGAUAUUUUUUUUUCAGUAGACACAGAUUUGUUAAAUACGAGACAAUUUCCAUCUGAUGAAAAUACUUCUUUAUGUUCACUGCAAGGAGCAAUCCAAUUCGAAAUUUUACUUUUUAAAGUUGAUUUUGUUUUAGACAUUACGUCAAAUACGUUCACUGUGCGGUCAAACUGAUCAAAGAAAUAGGUACUAAGGUACCAACAGGUAAACGUACGCGAAUCGCUGUACUACUACGUUGAAUUAAAUUACCAUCAUAUUUAUACAUAUUUAGACGCAUAUCGCUCGCUGGGCUCUCCAAGCGAACGGUAAACGCCUAUGAUUUAAAAACGUUAAAAAAUUGUAAACAAUUUCGUAAACGUCGAAAAUUGAAAAAAAUUGCAGUAUCAAUUAAAUCCGGUCUUUACUUAUUACCAAAAGUAAUUACGAAUACUAUCUCCUAAUAAUAAUCAUAUCAAAUUGUUCAAGCAAUAGUUACCUAUUGACACAUACCAGGUAGAUAUACUUCAUAAUACUUCAUUGUAUUAUUCAUGAAUAAUAUAAUAAAUAACUGUUUUGCACUAUUAUGUAUUUGAUUACCGAUGAUAAUCCCGGUAGAGUGCGCUGUUUGCAAUAGGUGACCUGUUUUUAUUACACCAGCUAAGUAUUUUAAUAGGUAGGUACUGAAAAUAGUGAACAUUUUCAAUUAUUCAACAUUAACGGCUGUCGAGGAAUAUUAUAAAUUGUUAUUACUUAUUCAACCAAAAAUUUGUAUAUUUUACUUAGCUUAUUGAUAUUUAAAAUUAGUAAAAACAACGAAUGUUUUGUUCCCGGUGUGAUGUCAGAAAUAAAAAGACAGACAUACUAAACAUAACGUGGGUGGGCCACUGUUGUAGGUGAGAAAUUGGGAACGUAGAGGGGAAAUUUAAUGUUUAUCUGUACAUAACGAUUAACCAUUAGUAACGAAAAGCGAUUCUGAGCGGAAUUCGUUAAUACCGUUAAGACCGUAAUAUAUUUUUACUAAUACCUACUGACAAUUUUUACAUUUUCCCGUUUUUCACUUUAACUUUCUAUACAUAUUACCAAGUUUUACUUGACACCAAAAAUAAUUUUUGCAUGUAGUCGCUGAAAAGCGAUUAAAAAAAAUAUCCACUAAUUUAAUUUUUAUUAAAAAAUAAUUAUGUUUAAAAUAAAAUAUAAUUAUGCAUAUUUGUUCUUUUAUAAUAAUAUGACUUUACGUAGGAAUUUUUAAUUUUAGUAUUUUUCCUCUUAAAAUAUUGUCUUGAUAUAAUAAAAAAAAAUUACAAUUAAGAAUUCUUUGUGUUAUUUGUUCUUAAUUAAUAUGAGUCACGUUGUAAUGUGUCAAAUAAAGUUAAAUAAACAUAUUAUUAUGUUUAAAAAACGCAAAAUUAAGUUUAAUCACUUGGUUUCUAUAUUAUUAUGCAGUAAUAUGGGAUAUCAAUUGAUAACAGCGUGCUUUAGUGGUUGAAAUAGUUGGAGUGAUUUAUGUGUCAUUUUUUUCCGAGCUGGUCCAUCUUAUAUAUCCACCUUGAAUUAAAUAUUAUAAUAUAAAGCCAUAAAAAAAAAUGACAAACACAUCCAGUCCACCACAUGUACAAAUAUAUAAAACAAUGUGGUUACAUUUCAUUAUUUGCGUACCCUCAAUAAAUGGUCGCUUAGUCUCCAAUAAAACUUAAAAUAGCAGUUAGCUCAACAACUGAAGUAAACAUUUUUUUUUUUUCUAUUUGAUGAGGUAUUAUGAAAUCGAAUAAAAUAAAUUCAAUUAUUCAUAAAAAAAAACAAAUGAAAUUAAUAAUUUUCAUUGUGAAAAUGUGAAAUUGAUUAUUAUCAAUUAUUAUCAGUUAUUAUGAGCAUAGACAGUGACCCCGUUAGUAAAAGUAACUACAACGCUUCUAUAUUUGCUUUCUAUCGCGAAUAUACUGAUUUAUUUUCAUUUCGUUUAAAGUUCAAAAUUAGGUUCAACCGCAGCUUAUCUUUAUUUCGUGAUCCAAAACGCAAAAGUACAAAAUUACAUUAUUGAUAUCUAAUAUUAUUAUUACUUGUUAUAGGCAUACCUACUAACAAAAAUAAUUUUUCAUUUUUCGCUGAUAUAUUUAACAUUUCGUGAUUUUUUUUUUUUUGCGAUUUUCACAUGGACUCAUUUUUCGAAAUAUCGAGUGAAGCUAUUUAAAUAGAUUACACUGUUCAUAUUAUCCUCGUAUGUAGGAGUUUUUUACUGAAUAUUAUUACAUUUCUUGGAUUGCUUAUACAUUGUAUACGAGUAGUAGGUAUCUGUUAAUAGCUAAUAUUUAUAAAAAUACCUAAUACAAGUAAAAUGAUUUUCUUUUAUUGUAUUUCAAGGUCUGUAUAGCUUGUAUAAUAUAUAUAUAUAAUAUACACUUGUAGGUACUUAGUUUUAUUAAAUUCGAUACCUAUACACAAAGCAUUAUUUUAUGUACGCGUAAUAAAAUUAAACUCGUUUUAGUGGUUGCGUCUGAGUUCACGCAGUAUUUUAUUUCACGCUAUUGACUUUACAGUUAAUGGGGUACCCAGUACAAUAAUAAUUAUAUACCUACCUACAAUUGAUCACGAAACCUUGAUCUUCCUUGGUGUGAGUUUAACUAAUUCUUAUUAUAGUGACUUCGCAUUACGAAAAUACCUAUAUAAUUUCUAUUCGAAUAUAAUAUACGAGUAUCGAGUAUAAUAUAUAGGUAUACCUAUAGUGAAUAUAAUAUAAGACGUAAAAUCAUGGAAAUAAAACUACGGCCUUCAGCACAUCUAACGCUGUAGACUCGUGAGCGUUUCUCGAUAAUAAUGGACCUUAAACUGAGUUAAACGAUUAGAAAUCAUUCACAAAAAAAGGCCAAACUGUACCAUAGUUUACCACUCGUUAUUGCAAACUAUUGUUGUUGUUGAGAAAAUUCGACUUUGCAUUUUAAAAUUUAAGUAAAUUAUCAUUACGUGUAGGUACCUAUUUUUAAUUUUUUUCUAUUUGGUAUUGGCGACGGACCUGUGAACUGAUGUGUACGUGUAAGUCCUAUUUGAAUAUGUUAUAUCUGUCUACUAAUCAUUGUGAAAGUAUGUGUGUGUUUGUAAAUCAAUCGCGUCAAAACGACUUAACGCAUUCGAGCAGGGACGGAUCUAGGAGGACUUUGGGGCCCAGUUCCCCCCAGACAUAUUAUUUCUCCGAUUUUUGUAUGAUAAUUGUAUGAGAAAAUAAUAUACAUAAUGCAUUAUAUUAUAUUUUAAUUGUAUAUUCUUGUAAAAAAAUUGUUGGCCCCCCCCCCCAGAUAUUUGCUCUGGAUCCGUGUCUGACCUAGAAGACACAUGGACAUAGGCUAAUUUUAUCCCGGAAUUCAACCUCUGAAGGGUAGUUGACAUUUGAUUUUUAGUCUUUGUACUGAAUUCGAAAAUUGAGUUUUAUUUGUUUAUUUCUGGUUCACACUGGUUAUUCGAUUGAAAAACAAACAAGCUAUUAUAUAUAAUAUGCAAAACACUCGUGAGUGAGCGAUAUGGGUGUAUAAAUAUAAAUGAGAUUAAAUAAAUUUUUUAAAACAUUUUAAAAUUACUAUUAUGUAGGUGUAACUAAAAUCAUAGAGGAAAAAGUAGAUAUUAUGCCAUACCUGUAGAGGGAUUUGACCCGAUGGCGGAUUUACGGAGGAGGGUCCAAGGGGUCUGGACCCCCCCCAGACACUGGUAUAAUUUCAAUAAAAUGUCUAAAAACGAGGUACCUAUUAAUAGAGAUACCUUUUAAAUACACAUGGUUUUUCAGGACCUCUCCUAGAAAAAUGUUGAAAAUCCGCUACUGGAUAUACCGGUUGGGGGAUGGGUGGUUGCGACUAUUAUGGCCAUUUAAUUUGGCACGGACGAGGCCGUACGGGUACAGUUAGUAAUAAUAACAACAGUGAAAAAGAUGUAAACAAAUGUAAAAAUAUAUUCAAAACAAGACCGUGAAAUAUUAUGCGAUAAGUUGGUACCUAUAUAUAAUAUUAUAAUCAUAUGUGAUCAAACGCACGUACCUACAGAUAAUAAUAACACAAAUAAUUUUCACGGUUAUCGAAAGUGCCGAGUAACGGUGAAAAUUGCAUAAAUACUUAGUGAUCUAAAUAAUAUUAUAUAUGUACAUAAUAUUUUGAAAAGCGUGUCAAAAUUGUACUCUGCGAAAAGUGAAAAAUAAUAUACCUACAAAAGACUACCUAUAUUUUUGGGAUAUGCUAUAACACGAUAUUACACAUAUGAAUAUUGUUAUUGUAAUAAUAUAUAAUACCUACCCACCAUAUUUUAUAUUUAUUAUUUCACUAAUCCGUUGCAAAACAUUUUUUUUUUUCUGUAAAGUUCAGUUAACAGAAUAUGUAAUAUUCAUACAUUAUUUUUAACUAUCUAGGUGUACCUGUUCUCAUUAUUAACCAAAUUUUUUUUUUAAAUUAAAAUUAAAUUUUGGCACCAAAAUUUAGGCGUUAAUUUUUAAAGUAGGUAGUGCAGAAAUGUUGCAUGUCUACAUGCUGUGUUCUUAGAUUAGAAAAUAUAAUAUUGUAGUACAUACCUAUGUACUUGAUGUAAAAUACCCAUACAUCAUAAAUAAUAAUAAAGUGUACGGAAUAAAAUGGAAAAACUUUAUAAAUCCUUUUAAAUUGUGUGGUAAAAUUAUUUUUUAAUUUUUUUAAUUAUUAAAUCUGUAUAAUAAUAAAUUUUAUAAUUUAUUUACCUACGCCAGUACGCCCUACAUAGAUGAGUUAAAUGAACUAUUAAAUAAUCAAAAUAGUAUUACGUACCUACUUACUGUCAGUUUAGGUCAAGGCAAAAUGAAUUAUUACAAACGAUCAAAAAGUGUCUAAAUUACUUAUACUUAGGCAAACAGUUAAUACAAUUAAUCGCAAUUUAAAUAUAGUAGUAUUAUUAACUAUAUACAUCUAGAUGUUUUGCCUAGAUUACCUACUUAAUCUAACCGAGGCCUAAAGAACCUACAUAUUGUCGAGUGUAAGUAUUAUAAAAUGCAUUACGACAUUGAAUGCCGGUAAGAAAGUUUUAUAAAAAAAUCAUCAUUUAUGAAAUUUUGUCUAAAUUAGUUUUCUAUGGACAAAUUGUGUCUACGGUAAUCUACGGCGAAUAGGAGAAAAUUAAUGAAUUGAGUAGAUACUUAGCAAUACAAAUUUGCUGUAGGUAGUUAUUAAAAAGUGUACAUACAUCUAUACCUACUAGACGAAAAAUAAAACAAAAAAACAGGUACUGCUAAAUGCUAAUUUAAUCUAGAUUCGUUAUUAAAAGUUAAUUUUAAUUUUGUCCAACCUAUACUUUUGUCGACGGGAUUGUAAAGUAAAAACGGGAAUUUAAUUUUUACCUUUUUUAUAGCCCGAUGCGUCCGCGGCCUUAUCGAAAUGUUAUUUGAAUUAUCUGACUGCGUAAGCAGUCGUAUCGAUGCUGCAGUAUAAUAGGUACCUAUUCAUAUCAUUUUAUGAACUGAUAAACUUAAUAAUUAUUGAUAAACUGAUCUGUGGGGAAACAACAUUUUGUAUCAACUUUGAUAAUAAAACUCAAUAAGAUUAUGGAGUACGGCUAGUAGUCGUGUAGUAGGUAACUAUAUAUUAGGUAGUGAACGAGUGUAGUGCCGUAAUUUUUUCCGUAACUUGGUACCGAAUUAGUGUCUUAAUAUACAACAUUUUCAAAAAAAAAUGUAAAAAUUGUCAUGUUUUCAUGUGCAAACAAUUUUAAAUACUAUUAGUCUUAAGACUAUGUAUUCUGUAUCUAUUUUAUAACACUCAAUCAAUCAAAAUGGGUAUAAUCAAUAAUCAAUAAUAGAUAAUAAAAUAAUCUAAUAUUUUUGGGGUUUGGAUCAGUUCACCUCCUUGUGGUGCACCCUGAGUAACAUUAAAUGAACUGAUAUGCAUUAGGGCUACGUUUAAAAAAUGAUCUUUUUUUAUUGGGACUCACUCGGAUGAUCCUAUAUUCCGGACGUACUCGGGACAUUGGAAAAGGAUCAUUUCGGGACGCACUCGGGCAACCCCGGUAAAAACGGUACCUACCAGGUACCAGGUACCUACUUAAUAACUAAUGGUGUAAGUUAUUUUGUUCACAAGUUUAUGCGUACUUGUGUAAUGAUAUGCUAUUUAAGCUAUCAUACAUUAUGUAAAAUAAAAUAUUAUGUAAUGUUAAUAAAUCAAACAAUUAAUAACAGGAAUCAUAGUAAAACAUUUACAUCCGAUUCCAUUCUUUUUUAUUAUCAAAUAACAUAUAUUUUAGUGCGAUAUUUACUCAUCGUAAGGAGAUAAUACUUAAGCUAUCAUAUAUAAUUAAAAUAAAUUAUAUAAUCAAUAUUGUAAAAUAAUUAUAAUAAUUUGUAGCUAUUAAUUAUUAGAUUAAGUUUUUAGUAUUAACCAAAUUAAGAUAACAUAUUUACACACGCACACACACAUAUUUCUCCAGUUAUAAGGAGGCCGGCCACUUCCAAUAAACACAGUGUAUGUAUUGUUCCCGUUGCUUUUGGACAGAUGAUCACAAGCGAGUGUAAAAGACUACGCAGAGAUUCUUACAAAAGCACGGGAACCUAGAACAGUGUUUUAUAUUUUUAAAAAAAUUAAUAAAAAAGAAACAGUUAUCAUAUUGAAAUCUUUUUAUUUACUACGAUCACCUAUAUCAAAUUCAACAGAUCAAUUUGCCGCCUGAAGAAGAAAGGUAAUCAAAUUUAUAAUUAAUUUAUACGUGUGAAUCGAUUUUAUAUAACUAGGCACUCCCCGCCUUAUUUUUGUAUUACUACACUUGUUCGACCGAAAAUAUAAUAUAAGCUAAUAUCAAUCAAGUUGACAACAUUUUAUCAUGCGAAAUACAUAAAAUAUAAAAAUAAUAGUUUUUUCGUUUUUUAAUUUUACCAGACACCCACUCUGUUUUUAUUACGUAAUGUCCAUAGUUCCUAUAUAGUAGACAUUGAGCUGUUUAACGGUACCCUUUCUAGUUCGCGACCAUUCUAGUUCGUGAGUCUUCAGUUUAACGUGGAAAGUAGUCAACGACGGUUGAUUUACCCACAUAGUGCUUUAUUCGUAUCGUAUAUUAUAAUUCAGUUAAAACAAAAUUUGGCGGUAAAUCAAUAAAAACGAGUUCAAUUUAAUGGUGUUAUUACUAACAGUGUAUUAUUACAAAUAGUAAAAUAAAGAUUUUUUUUGUAUUUUAAAUGUAUUAGACGUUUUAUAUUUUUUUAAUUGAUUUAUUUAAAAAAAAAAAAAAAUCCCUGCCUACAUAAUUCUUAUAUCAAUAAUUUGUUAUAAUUUUUUUUACAUAUUUAUGUAAAUUACAAAUUUAUAAAUUAAUUUUAUUUCGAUACCUAUACAUUUUUAUAAAAUAAUAAUAAUAGUAGUGUAACAACACAGUUUUAGAAAACACUGUUAAGAUAAGAUAAAGUGAAUCAUUGAGUAAACUACAGGUAAAAAAAAAUAAACCUGUGUAAUGAUAUUAAGUUUUAAUGUUUUAAUGUUUAAUUUUCUUUUGUAACUUAACAUUGGUACUCAAUCCUCCAGUCAUAAGCUUUGCUAUUUGGAGUGUUCUCAUACCUAUAAUUUAUCUGUAUUUAUAUUUGUGUACUUUAUUGUGACAAUUAAUAUACUUACAAUUGUUAUUAUUAUUAUUAUUGAUAAUUAAUAUUGAUAUUCAAUUUAAUUUUACUUUUUAUUUUUAUUAUUAAAUGCUCACGCAAGCAAUAUUUUACACAUUAGAAACUUAAUAUAGGUAUAAAUAAAACGUUUGAUUUUCAAAAUUAUACAAAUUAAAAAUGUAUUAAAUUUUAUUUUUGUAAGAAAAAAAAAACGUGUAAUUAUUAUAUUAAUCGAAACGUGGAUUUAUAAUACAAUUUAUUAUCUUUCAGGAAAAAUGAAAUCAUGGUUGAUAUUGUACAUAACAAGUUAUUCGAUUUUAGAAUGCUUGUCCAGUGCUAUAACAGAAUUUCCCCUCAACUCGGAAACAUCUGUAAGUAUAUAUAUAUUUUUAUUUUGUAGUUAGAUAAACCAAAUAUGUAUUCAUACAUACAUACAUACAUACAUACAUACAUACAUACAUAUAUACGUAGUAUUCUGAAAUGUAUAUUGUUGUAGGUACUAUUGUCGUAUAAUAAUUUUUUCCAAAAAUCAAAAACAAAAGAACGAUCAUGACGAACAAAUAAUAAAUCCGUGCACAGUGAAAAUCAUUGAAAAUUAGUUUCACUUUACGGUUACACACGUGUUGUAUUUUGGAUAAAUUCAUUUUUUUUUCGCACAGAAACUGAAUAAUAAUAUAAUACCUAUAUCUAUCCAACGGUAACAGUAUCUAACAGUUUUAACUAGUCAUGUUAAACUAAAUAAAAACAAAAUAAUAAUUCGGUGUAUACAUUAUAAUUUUUAGAAAAAAUAUCCAUUUCAUUAAAAUAAUAUAGUUACUAAUAUUAUUAUUAAUCUUUUUUUUUUCAACUGGGUGCCUAUUAUCAUUAAUCAAAAGUUAAUUUUUAAUAUUGUGUACGAUUUAAAACAAAAUAUAUAUUUAGAGGUAAUACUGAGGACGAGUGUGACCACAGUUGUAGGUGGGAAGUGUGAAAAGUAGGAUAUAGAGAAGAAUUUAAUUUAUAUCUGUACGCAAUGAUCAACCAUUUGACGGUUUCCCUUUUUUUUUUUAGUGUGAUAUAUGCUAUACCUAUAUAAUAUACGAAUAUUAACGAAAAUAUAUAUUCUGAGCGGAGAUCGGUUAAUAUUAUUGAUUUUUUCACAAUGUGCAUUUUCACAACUACAACGAUUGUUUAAUAGAUUAAAGAUUAAAAUAAUAUAAUCUUAAUAUCAACAAAAAUUAAACAAAAAUAGUUGUCAAUGGCAACAUUAUUUUUUUUAAAUCUUUUAAUCCUUUUUAACCUAAAGAACCAGUUUUUUCUCAUUUUAUCGAAUAUUAAUGAGUAUUUCAAAAAAUGAUAUUUUAAAUUACCAAAUAGAGCCAAAAUGCAACAAAAAAGAUUUCUUUGUAAUGUUUUGAUUGAAGCAAGAUUUCUGGAUGUUGUUCAUAGACGGAAAAAAAUUCAUACUAUAACAUCAUAGCAAAACUAACAGAUCCCCCGUCUCACUUAGUUUACUCAGAAUCUAUCAGUAUCCGUUAGAAAAGUAUCUGAAUAAUAGUUAUUUUGAGAUAUAGACUUACUUAGGUAUAGGUAUAGAAUUUAUUGGCGCCUCGCAUAUCUACAAAUAUUCAAUUACAUCGAUUUUUAUGGUACAUAGAUUUAUAAUUAUUUUUUUAUCUUGUAAACUAUUUUUUAUUUUAUUUUAUUUGAUUUAAUUUUUUGACAAACCUUGGUUUUGUUUUUUAAAUUAAAUAAUUACCUAAUUAGGUAGUCACCUGUUUUAUAUAUGUUUGGCAUUGACAAUGCAAUUUGUAUAGUGUAAAAAAAUCACACACUGAGUGAAUUUCAUUGUGUUUAAAACAAUAUUUUUAAAAACAUUAUGUUGGUAGUACAAUAUAACCAAAUAUUUUAGUUAUUUUAGAACUUUUGUACUCAUUACUCAUAGGCCAUACAUAGCUAUUUAUUGCAUGAAAAGAAUAAAACUUAUUUAAUAGAUAACAAAUUUGAUUUUCGCUUAAUUAAUAUUGUACUAAAUAUGCAGAAGGUGUCAUUUCUUGUAUCCAAGGGCUGUUUUAAGAUAAAAACCAAGGGGUACAUCCAAUAUGUUGCAGACUUUAUGGUCCGGGUAAUAGGGGUGGGAGAAAUCAAAAAACAUUAGAUGUUGGUAUGCCAAUAGAAAAAAAUUUGUGUCCAAAUCUAAAAAUAAAACAAUAAAAUAGUCAACCAAAUAUUAUAAAUUCGAGAUAUAAUUAGGUUUAAGUUUUAUAGACAAUUAUACAUAAUUAAAAUAACUAUUUUAUCUUAAUAAUGUUUUUAUUUUAGAUUCUGAACGGAGCGAGGAGGAAUUUAUUGGUUUUACAAUCAUGUUUAUUUUUUAUUAUUAUUAUUUUUUUAUGUGAACACUUUCUACCAGAAUGCCUACUCCGAUUAUCAAGUACAGCACCUUUUCUGAAAGGAAAUGUUCUCCGGGCGGUACUUCAGAAAGACCAUUUUUUGAAAUCUUAUUAAUAUUCGAGAUAACGAGGAAAACCUGGUUGUUUAGGUUAAAAAAUGUUGAAAAAUUAAAAAUAAGGUUGCUAUUGGUAACCAUUUUUAUUUAUUUUUUGUUAUUAUUAAGUUUUUAUUUUUUUUAAUAAUCUUUUUUAAACAAUCAUUGUUGUCAUGAAAACGCACAUUGUUGUAAUCAUUACACCAUAAUGUGUCAUAUACUUAUAUUGUUGACGAAGCAAGACUAUCAACUAAAAUCCGCUCAGAAUCGUUUGUUCGUUAGCAAUGAUUUAUCGUCGCUUACAGAUAUUCCUGUCAGUAUCCACCUUACCAACUUUUUACCUGAAACAAUGGCUGCACCCAUGUGCGAAGUAUGUCCGUUUUUUAAAAACUAUUUUUUACUAAAAAUUAAAUAAAUAACAUAUGAAUAGUAGCAUAGGUGUAGGAUAUAGAAUUUUAAUGGGGGAGGCUGAGAAGUUCAAUUACUUAGGUAAGCAUGGACGUCUUCAGGUCAUUACCAUACAAGGGGAGGUGAAAAGUUUUUACUCCUGAAUACUUGCUUUUGCUUUGGUCAAUUCAACUUAAAACCUACGUUUGAUGUCAUUUCAACUUAUAUUAAAUGAGAAUACUGCAGAAAUAUUGUAAAAAUGCAGUAAAACAGUGCAAUUUAAAAAUUCAAUUUAUUUUUUUCACGUUAAAUAAAUAAUGAUUAUAAUAAUGAUUAAAUGAAUAACAAAAAUAAAAAUAAUAAUAAUUAAUAAAAGUUAGAUGACAAAGUCCAAAAUUUUUUUAUUUGAAACAUCAUAAGAAAUGAGUAACUAUUGGUUUUACUAUGUAUAUUUUUCUGUUUGUGAGCAAUUUUCCAAAAAGUUUUUACAAUGACAUACAACCAUAUAUGACAUACAUUUUAAAUGUAUAAAUUAAUGCAUUUAUUUACUUACUUACAAAUAUUUCCGACUUAUUUUUAGGUUCUGCUGGCGUUCAGGGGAGGGGGUUAACACCCCUUAUAUCGCCCCCCUAAUACCAUAAAUGCUAAACUGUUCUGAUGAGCUAUUCAGCGUUUACGAAUUAUUCAAAUCUUUAUAGUUUUUUUUUUUUUUUUAAACUUGAUAUGGCCUAAAACUUACCGUAAAAUAAAAAUUUGUUAGUUAAACUUGACCAAAACUAUUUUUUUUUUAAAAAUAAAUAUUGAGUAGAAAUAGAAUGGAUUCAUUAUAAACAACACCGUUAUUUUAUGUACAAUAGACAUUAUUAAUUACCUUAAACCUAAUUAGGUUUUCAAAUGUCGCAUUAUUCAGUUUUGUAAAAUAUUUUAUGUUCGGACAUUUAUAUUUAGGGCUUAAAGUGGCAUAAAAUAGCGAAGAAUGUCCCGAAUGUUCGGAAAAUCAAGGAAUCACCAAGGAAAAAAUAAUUCAUUAAUUUGUCAAACCAACUCGCUUCGUUCGAAAACUGACAUUCUUUUCUUUAAAAUAAACAAUAAAUAAUAUAAUAGUAACAUUAAUUGUAUUUUAUUUGUAUUUUGUAUCCUUGUCCAUAAUAAUUUUACUAAUGUGUUUAAAUAGAAAUGAAUAAAAACAUGUUAAAAGAAGACGCCCUAGGAUAAUAGGGUCGGGUGCAGCCACUGUUAUAAGUAAUUUAAUGUAUAUCUGUAUACCUGUAAGCAACGAUAAACCAUUGCUUACGAAAAAACAAUUGGAGUGGAGUUCAGUUGAUAGUGAUGCUUUGUCAACAAUAUAUAUGUCAUAUUACAGUAAAAUGAUUAAAUAGGCUUUAUAUAUUUUCUUUAGUUUAUAUUUGUUCAAUGUUGUACCGAUUUUCCCGGUUUUUCGCAUUUGAUGAAAAAACUCUCGAGAAAAUCGAAAAAUGACCUUAUUGUACCUCCUCACACCGAUUUCCUUUCAGAAAAGGUGCUAUACACAAAAAUCGGAGCAAUAUUUCUGGUAUAAAAGUUGUCCACGGAACAAAAAAAAAAAAAAAAUUAAACAUCUUUGUAAAACUAUUUACAUAAUAUUUUUUACGCUUACUUAUAUUAUAAUAAAUUAUAAUAAACAAAAAGAGGUGAUACUGCUGAUGGACGUGUCACUGUUAUAAGUGGGAAGUUGAGAAAGUAGAAUACAUAAAGUUAUGUAAUUUAUAACUGUAAGCAACGAUAAACCAUUGAUAACGGAAAACAAUUCUGAGUGAAGUUCGUUUAUAUAUGAUUUAAGAGGCCGUAAUAUUUACUAUUUUCGUCAAAAUACGAUAUUAAAACCCUUAUAAAAAAAAAAAAAAUUAAAAUACUGGCUUUUUUUUUACACUAAGUAAAACCUAUAAUAAACCUUCUGUUAAAAUGUCGAGUAUUUCUGUUCUGUGAAAAAAUUAUAUUCACAUAGUACCUACUACCCACCAAAUAAAAACUAUGUUAAUAUCUACAUUUAAAAAUUAAAUUACAUUUCAAAAACACAUCACAUUAUUAUUUUGAAUGGUGGCGUUCUUAGGAAUUUCUAUUGGGUGAGGGGAUAUACAAAUUAUUUGCAAAUUGAGCUAUGCUCCCACACCUUCAAAAUAACAACAAAAUAAGUACUUAUUAAAUUUUAAUACAUAUUACUGUAGGGAAUGAAUUUAUAUGUACUUAAUAUUACAAAAAAGCGCUUAAAUCGUUAAAAAAGCACUUAAAAAUAUUCAAAAAAGCAAAAGUGAUAAAGAAGUUUUAGAAUCCCCACUCUAAUGGUUCUAACCCUAUUAAAUACAAUUUUCUAACAUUGACAAAUAAUUAACACUAAGCUUUUGUCUUUGUAUAACACGUACAUAUUUGAAGAAAACUACUUUGUAAUAAUCGUUUUUUUAGUGUGAAAAAAUUAUUUUUAAUAAAUCAGAAAAAAUAGACGGGAACCUUUUAAACCUCUCUAUUUUUACUAUUAUUUUAAAUAUUUUUUAAGUGAUUUAUUUAGGGCGUUUAUGACGUUUUUUGUGAAUUUUAAGUACAUAUAAAUCUAUUCUCUUUGACGUUGCAUAUUCCAAUCUAGGAAUCGAUAAUCCUAUACAUAUUCCGAUUUAUGGUCGUUUACACACUAUUUUGACUGAUUUCAUAGGUACAGUCUUUUUGUUAUUAAAUAUUAAAACGUCGUAUGCCUUUAUUAAAUAUUGUCCAAAUGGCCUCAAACUUUGUUUUAUUAUUAUACGUCACAUGAUAGGCGAGUGUUCAGAGGAAAUUUUGAAAUUGGCAAAAUAAGGGCUACUCAAAGUUACACAUAUUUCAUUGUUCUUUAGCAUAUGAAAUUCUGAACCUUGGUGAUAAUAAAGUACCUAAAUUUAAUAGGUUAAUACCUACUUAUUUAUUAUUAAUUAUAUUUUUUUUCCGAUGAAGAGUACCUACAUUGAAAAAUAAUUUUAAAUAAAAAAAAUUAAUUCUGAAAUAGGUAUAUUAUUAAUUUAUUAUUUAUGAUUUAUUUUCAGAUCAGAGUGAAACGACAAGGAACUGGAACAGGUAAAUUAUAGUAAACGGUAUUUUUAACAAAUUUUACAAACUUUAUUCAAAUUGAUAGGUACUAACCAAGUUAUUCAUUUAGUUAUUAUUAUAAGUUACACAUAGUUAUUCUUAUUACCUAGGUACCUACCUACUAUGCUGUCUAUAUUCAAUUUAAGAAAUAAUGUAAGUUAGGUAUAAGGUACUUACGUACUUACUCAGGUGCGUACCUAUCUACCUAUUAAAGUCGAAUCACUGAAAAAAGAUUAAGAAAAAAAGAACAAAAAUUUAAAAUCUUUAAAUAAGUAAUUUACAAUUUAUUAUCAUUAUCAAUCAUUGAUGAUACUGUACAUUAAAAUCAGAUUUGCUUGCAGUGUGAAUAAAUAUUAUUAAAUUAUGUUGUCACAAAAGGGUCAAUUUUAAGAAUACUAAUCCUUAGGAUUUCUUAAAAUAAAAAAGUACCCUUACCACGUCUAGGUAAGUCCAAUAUAAGUAUUAUUACCAAGUUUCAAGUCUCUAGGUGUAUUUAUAACCGAAUUAUAGCAAAAAAUUUUCAAAAAUAAAAAAUUCUUAAAAGCUUAAUAGUGAUUCAAAAGUUUUGGCGAUUAUACCGAAAGAAAGUAAAUCAAAAAGGCAACAAAAAAGGUAUCUUGUGAUUUUUCGAUUAAAUCAUUUUUUCUGGUAGAAAACGGCGUCCGUGUUUUUAUAAAAUAAUGAAAUCAUGAAAUUGUACGUUUUCCUACGUUUUUUUCCACUUAAGUGUUUAUUCAAAAAAAUGGCGUCGAAAAUCAAAAAAAUUACCUUUUUAAAGUACGAUUUAGAUGACUUGAGGUUUCAGAAGAGAUGCUAUACUUAUACAUCGGAGCCAAUUUACUUGGAAAAAACGUGUCCAUAGACUAGAAGAAAGAAAGUUAAUUUAUAUUUUAAUGUAUUUUCAUCAAAAAGACACAAACCAAAUGAAUUGAUAAUUUGACAUUAUAAUUUUAAAUAAUUAGUUUUUAUAGUUGUUAAUAGAAGAAAAAAUAAUAAUAGAGUAAUUGGAUAAAAAAAAAUGCAUAUAUAGAUGGAAAUGAGCUAUGGGCAAAAUUGUAGAACGGUAUACACAUUGGCCAAUUCUUUCAAGGGAGAGGGGUUUAUAAUGGAGGACUUAAAUUAUAAAAUUUAUUUUUUUUUGGAUUUUAGAUUCUGAGUGUAGCGAAGAAUAUAUUGGUUUUACUAAGACGUUUAUUUUUUUUUUUUUAUCCUGUGUACAAAAAUUCAAUCUUACAUCUUACUCAUACAAGUAGCAUCAUUUCUAAAAGGAAAUGUUGUCCAGAUGGUACUUUUAUGAGGUCAUGUUUUGAUUUUCUAAGCAGUUUUUCGUAAUAUCUGGGAAAAACUAGGAUAAAGCGUAAGAAAAACGGGGAAUCCACGAAAAAAAUGCUUUUAUUAUUUUUCAAUUUUGUUAUUUGUUGUAAUUCAGUUUAAAAUAUUCGUAGUGACUUGAAAUUUGGACGGAAAACUCAUAUUUGCUUUUUUCUAGACGUGGUAAAAUUAAAAAAAAAAUUAAGCCAUUUUUGAGGUAUUUAUAGAUAUUUUAAUCUUGCGAGUUUUGUAUGUAAUUUUUAUUCUGUAGGUACUCUGUGGUAAAAUUGUUAGACUUAACAGAAAUGCUUGAAAAUUUAAUAGAAGGUUCAUUAAGUCUUACUUUGUGGUCAAAAAGAGAAAAUUUGAGUUUAGUGUAGAAUUUUUUUUACAAAGGAAUUUUGACGAAAAUCGUUUGAGUAAAAAAUUAUGUGGAACAAAUUUUCAAUUUUUUUUUUUUUUUACAUAUUGUGGAUUUAAGAACGAUGGUGAAUUCAAAAUUAGGCGGACUGACUAAGUUUCGAAAUUAUUGCUUUUUAAAGUUCUGACAUUAUGCGGACAUUAUAACUGUAUAUUAUCCUUAAAGCAUAUUUGCUAUGAUCUAAUAAUUAUUUAUGUCUAUUAUCAUCCUAGGGGUUCCGAGUUCAAACAAGUGUGUCGAAACAAUUUUGUUUGCAUUUUUUUCCAUUUUACCUAAACAAAGAAAAAACAAAUGCAUUUUUGAUGUAUCUAGAGACCCGAGUCAUCGCUCCCUCUAUUUUAAUCGCAAAAUACCCCUAAAUUUGUUGUGCAAACUUUUCUAUCAGAAAUCUUGCUCUAUGUAUCAAGUGUAACUUAUUUUAUGAAAAGAAAUUUUGUUUCCAUGGUUAUUUAGAGGGGUCAUUUUUUGAUUAUUCAAGUGGUUUUCAUAAUAUUUGGGAUAAACUGGAAUAAAAUGUCGGAAAAACGAAAAAUGUACGACAAUUAGGUAUUAGUAAAAAAAUAUUAUGUCCUUUUCUUUUUGUGUACAACAUUUUUACCAGCAAUUUCGCUCCGAUUAAAAAUGAUAGUACUUUUUCUGAAAGGAAAUCUGACUGGGAAGGUACGGAUAAACUGGAUAAUUAUUAUCAAUUACAGUAUCUAUUGAGUUACUGAUGAUUAAUAAUCAUAAUUGUAAUUUACUAAUUUAAAGAUUUUAAAUUUGUGUACUCUUUUCCUUGAUCUUAUUUUCCGUUGGUCUUUUUUUUCCAACUACCUUUAAAACCGACUUGAUAUAGCUACCUAUUUUGUUUUAUUGAAAAUUGUAUUAAGUAAGGAUACCGAAUGGCAGGUAGUAGGUAUCAAAAUUAUUUGUAUAUGCCGUAAGUAAGAUACUAUAAGUAUAAGUAUAAGCUUCUGUAGUGCUCUACCGUAAGUAAAGGUUUUGUAUUCAAAACCAUUACUUUAACGAUAGCCAAAACAAACGUUUAGUCAAUAAUUUUCAGAAAAUAAAAUAAUUUGUACGUAAGUGUAAUUUUAAUGGAGAAUAACAAUAACUUACAUUAUAAGUGUUUGUUUCUGUUCAACACAGAAAACAGAAUUACUCACUGUACAGAAUGAGUGAAGAAAAUUAAAAAUUACAUUUAUAUCAGUUAUAUUACUGAUAUCAAUUAUUUGGUUAUCACUCUGACAGUGGCUAUAGAUAAUAAUGAAUCUUAUUAUCUAUGCUAGUUGCCAUCUAUCAUCAAAAUUCGAAAUAUACUAGCCACUUACUUUAACUUUCUUAAGCAUAUUAUUUUAUUAGAGUUAAAAUCCAAUUAAAUUUCUAAUCUCUAUUUUAGAACAACAAUAAUAAUGGGGCUUGGUUAUCGGAAUUAUUCUUUUAUUUUUUGAUACUUAAUAAUAAAUUAUUUAAUAUUUUCUAAUAUCUAUAGAAAUUUGUGAUUUUGGUGUUGAUCCCGGAUUACAAACGUGCCAAUGGGUAAAUCGAAAUGGAUCUGUUUUGAAAUGGGAACUGGGAGCUGGAACCUUAUCAAACUGGUUAGGAGGACCACCAACAGAUGCUGGACAAGGAGAAGAUGCGGAAAGAGGUUGGAAAUUAUUAUAUUAUUGUUAUAAUAAUACAUGUAAAUUUUAUUAUUCUAUACUGAAAUUGUUAUAUUUUUUUAAUAUAUUUUGUUCUAGGAGGAUAUAUAUUUUUCGAAACAUCUCUAUUAGCUGCACCAGUCCUUAGAGUAGAUGACAUUACUAUCAGAGAAGGUCAAAACGCAUUCAUUGAAAGCCCAGUACUUGGUAGUACUGGAGCUGAAGGAAAAUGUAUUUCUUUUAGGUAAAUACCUAAUUCAUGUUUUAUGUUAUUUUAUAUUUCGUCUAUAAAAUAUUUAUAUUUAGCUUCAAUAUUGAUGGGUUGAGUGCAGCUGGGUUAAGAGUUAUUUUACAACCUACCAACAAAGAUGGACGGCCAGAUGGAUUUUUCAGAGUAUUAUGGGGCACUAAAGACCCAACCAAUAAAAUUUGGAUGAAUUCAGAAGUGCUUUACACUUAUAAUAAAGAACAUCAAGUAUGAAUAAAAUUAAAGUGUACCUAUUAUUAAGUUAUGUUUAAACAUUAUUUGUUAAAUACAUAUUUGUUUUGUAUAGGUUGUAUUUGAAGGCGUAGCUAAGGAUUUACCAGAUCCGUUUAGGAAAUUUCGUGGUUAUGUCGCUGCAGACAACAUAGCAAUAAAGCAAGGAUUGGAAUGUAAAGGUCAUUGUACAUUUGAAGGUGGAUUCUGUGGUUGGAUUAACGAUGAAGAUGAUGAUUUCAACUGGUCAUUGGUAAAAAAUCUAUUACUUAUAAAUUUUAUUUUUAAUUGUAAAUAAGACAUUUACUAUAGUAAUAUGAUCUUUGUCUUAGAGACCUUGUAAAAUUUAAUAAUAAUCUAUUAGAUACAGAAGGGUGUUCCGGGUACAUUAUUUACUAAUAACCCGGGUAUCAAGUAUUAGCCGAGUAAUAAUUUAUAUAAAUGUUGAGUACUGAGUACUCAUUGGAUACAGAAUAUUGGGUACUCCGUUAGGACUCAAUGGCCGGGUUUCCGGAACAUCUCUAUUAGAUACUGACAAACAUAAAUGUACCUAUAUAAGUAAAUGAAUAUACUAUCAUUUUAAUUUAGGGGAGAGGUAGUAAAAAUCCAUCUACUGGACCGGCAACUGAUCGAUCAAGUUUCAUUUAUGGUGGCAUGGAGGGAGGUUAUGCAUUCAUCGAUUCUUCUUAUCCACGCAGACCUGGUGAUAUGGCUCGUAUGUCAAGCAUGGAAUUUGAGCCAACUGGUAUAAAAUCAUGCUAAUAAGUUAAUAAUAUAUUAUAGUUUUAGUAAAUAUUGAAUAGAUUACCUAUAUUAUAGGAUCAGAUACACCACUGUGCCUUAGAUUUUGGACUCAUAUGUAUGGUAAUGGAAUCGGAACAUUAACUAUAUCCAUAAGUGAUACCAGAGAAGGAGAUGAUAGAGAAAUAUGGUCACUUACUGGUGAAGCAGGAAAUUCAUGGUAUCAAGCUGAGGUACCAGUAUCAUCUGCUAAUCCAUUUAAAAUAGUCAUUACUGCCAAAAUUGGCAAGAAUAAUCUUGGUGAUAUUGCUGUAGACGACAUUUCUUUGACACCUGGUAGUUGCCCAAGUAUGUGAUUUCUUAUGCAAAAACAUAAAAAAAUAUGUAUACAUCUAUAAUCAUUUGUUUUUAUUAAGUUAUUUAUUAACACCCUAAAGGAUUAAGUAUACAAUCAAACAAUUUUUAAUUAUUUUUCAUUGCCUUAGCUGCGCCUCAAAUAGCAGCUGCUACUUCUGGAGAUUGUACAUUUGAAGUUGAUGAAUGUGGUUGGAGUAAUGUUGGGUCUAGAGAACGUUUAGAUGAUAUUGAUUGGGAACGAACCUCUGGUGCGGCGCUAAGAAGUACAGCUCAUGAUCAUACAUUGGGUACUGAAAAAGGUAAACUAUAAGUUGGAAUUUUAAUGAAUCAUUAAAAUUGAUAUUGCAUAAUAUUUCAAACAUAAACUUUAAACAUCUGUAUGUUAUUUUUGUGUAAAAAAUAAAAUGCAAUAUUAAUAUAAUGUUAUAUUUUGUUUUAAAAUUUCAACUUUUUAUUUUUUAAUAAUUUAACACAGGUUAUUUGAUGACAUUGUCACGUACUGCUUUACAACGUCCUGGAAGUCGUGCAUGGUUUACAUCAAGAGAUUUCAAAACAACUGCUACUCCUCGUUGUUUAUCUUUUUGGUAAACCUUAAUAUGAUUAGUUUUUAAAGAAUUAUUUGUAGUAACUAUAUGUUAUUAUGUAAAAUUUAAUUAAACUAUUUUACUUUAUAAUAUUUGAUGGUUAUUUUUUAUUUUGUUUGAAAACAGGUUUGUAAUGAAUGAGCCUUUUAUUGAUACUACUGGACCAAGUUUAGGUGCUCUGAGUGUAUAUCUACGCAGUAAUGAUAAUACAGGAGGUACCAUAAUGAAACCCAUUUGGAGGCUGUACAAUCAUCAAGGUCCUGAUUGGCAGUAUGCACAAGCACUUAUAAAGGAUCCUAAUGAUGCUGUAAGUCAAUUAUUAGUUCAAUACAAAUAUGAAAAAGAAUAAUAAUAUUUAUGUUUAAACUUUUUCAGAUUUUAUUUGAAGGUAAGAAGUACAGUAAUUUUAUCUUCCUUGAAUAGAUAUUGUAUAUAUCUAUUCAAGGAAGAUAUUUGAUGAUAACAAAGAUUUGAUUUAAUUAAAAUUCCACCUACAUUUGAAUAAAUAUUUUCUAAGACAAACAUUUUUAAAGGUAUAUGGGGUUCCAGUAGAGCUAAUGGUUUUAUAGCAUUUGAUGAUAUUACAUUUUUUGGUGGAGCAUGUACAAGUAUGAUUAUCCUUUUAUCUAAAUUUAUAUUGUGAUUGAAUUUAAUUAAUAUGUGAAUUAUUAUAAAUUUAUAGCUAUUCCAGCAGGAGCAAAAGUAAGACCUGGCGAAUGUAGAUUUGAACGUGAUAUGUGUGACUGGUCAAAUGGUACAGACAAAUCCCCAGCUUCGUGGAGAAUGGCUACAGUAAACAGAAGACCUGCUAAUUUACCAGAUAAAACUUUCGGGGCUCCUGGUUAGAAGAAGCAUAAUACUGAAUUAUUAAUGCUCUGUUGAGUUAUAUUUUAUUAAUAUUGGUUAAAUAAAAUAUUAUUUCAGAUGGAUAUAUAUAUUAUGAUUUAUUUAAUCAAAUUUUGGGUAAUAAUAUGGUAAGAUUAAUAUCACCGGUUAUACCAGUGACUGAUGAGCCACAACUAUGCUUUUCAUUUUGGUAUGCUGCUUUUGGAGCAGGGGAGUCAGCAUUGUUGCAAAUUAUGAGACAGGAUAAUAGUUCAGGGGAAACACCAGCAGAAAAAGUAAAAAUGAAUGCCUUUAUUUCACUAGUUAAAAAUAGAUAAUGAAUUGCUUAAACAUUCUUUUUUUUUUUUUUAAAAUAUAGAUAUGGAGUUUAGAAGCCAAAAAUAUGGAUACUACAAGACCUUCAUGGAUGCCAGCUCAAGUUACUGUUGAAUCUAAUAAACCAUUUCAUAUUAUUAUGGAAGGCCAAGCAACAAAUGGAGGUUUUGCUGUUGAUGAUAUUAUAUUCACUCCAGGGUCUUGUCCAAGUAAAUACAGGACGUUCUAUAGUGUUUUCCUUAUGCUAAUAAUUUUGUCAAUCAAAUCUUGUGUGUGUGGACAUAUGUACAGAAAAAUUUAAUUUAAUUUACAUUCCUAAAUUAUUGGAAAUAAAUGAUUAUAUUUUAUCGCUUUUUAAAAUUUUCAAAAUAGCAGGUUUGUAAAAGAUUAUUCAAAAAAUUUUAAUAUAACUUACACUCAUACCCAAUUAAUAGUUUUUUAGCAAUAGCCGUUUUAAUUUUUAGAAAAUUUCUGUGAAAAUAAUGAGUUUUAAAUAGAAUAACACAUGUGAUAAGGAAUCAGCAAUCACUAUUGGCACAGUAAUUCCUUAUCUUUUAUUGAAAAUUUAUUGUUUUCACUUCAAUUUUUUAAAAAUUAAAACAGCUAUUGUUAAAAAACUAUUGAUUGAAUAUGAAUAUAUGUUACAUUAACAUUUUUAGAAUAAUCUUACAAAAAAAAAAAAUAAUAAUGAUACUUAUUAGCAUAAGGGUAACACUGUAUAUUUAACAAACAAUACUGAAAAUAAAGAAAUAAUAAAACAAAUUAAGUUGCAUUCAUAUAGUAAUUUAGACUGGUUAUUAGUGGUAUAACUUAAAAAUUUGGGUCAAUGAACAAAAUUUUCAACUUCCCCCUCAUCCAGGCUAAUCUAAACUUAUUAAAAUUGUUUUACAUAUUUUUAAAAAUAAUAAAAAAAUAUUUAUAGUGAAUAAAUAUAUAAAUAAAUAAAUAAAUGUGUCCCUGGAGUAUUAUAUGUGUAUUGUACAACUGGUUUGGAAUAAAAAAUUCAUCAUUAGGUAAAUCAUAAAAUCAAAAACUAAAAUGUGAUUGAAUAUGAAAAAGUAAAUAAAGGAAUACACAGAAAAACAAAAUGAUAAAAAUUGGUCGGUUUAUAUAGAAAUAAUUAAUUUUAGUAGGAUAGAUUAUUUAAAAUGGGUUAUUAUUAGACAGAUAUAUUAAGAAAUAUAAAUUAUUUGGUUAUUAUUUAUUAUCUAAAAUGUAUUUGUGUCAGAUAUUAUUUUUAAAAUUGAAUUUGAACAUUUAAAAUAUUAAAAUUAUUCUUCUUUAUUUUAUUGUAUUUAUGUAAUUCUUCUAAAACUGAAUUAAUGUAAAUGUUAUUUUGGAUAUUUAAUAUCUCUAAGUCUGAAUUAAUAUCAAAGCUUAUAUUAUAGUUAUUUUUCUAAAACAUGUUUAGUGGAAUUUAAGUUAAAGUUUUUUUAAAUUUUAUUUGAGGAAUGUAUUUUUUGUAUGAUAUUUUAAAAUUUCUUUUUAUGUUACCUAUAUAUAAUUUAUUACAGUUACAUUUAAGUUUAUAUAUAUCAUCAUUUUCAAAAGAAUGGGGAUUUUUAGUUCUAUUGUUUAUAUGUUUGAUUAAAUUAUUAUUAGUCUUAAAAGUGAUUUUUAACAUUAUUUAUAUUAUUGUUUUAAAUACUUAUUUUAAGAUAUACAUUAUUAGUUUUAUGCACUCAUUAAUUUAAAUAAUAUUUUUGUGUUACAGCUCGACCAGAGAAAGCUACUCUAAAAAGUCAGAAAUUAAUAGUGGCAUAAAUUGAAAUCAACAUAUUAUAAAUAGCAUAAUAAUAUGUUACACGUCUGUCUGUGUUAUUAUUGUCUAGUCAAUUUAUACCAUAGUAAAAAAAAAUAUUACCCAUAUGAGAUUAAUAGCAUGUAAUAAUUAUUUUAUUAUUACUUAAUAUGGAAUUGUGUUUUGAUAGUUUCUAAUACUAUGAAAAAUGUAUUUGUAUGUGGAUAUUUUACUUUUAAAUUGACUAAUAACAUUUCUAUUUUUUGUAUGCUUUGAAAAUUUCUACUUAUUAAGAAUCAAUAAUCUAAACUGGGCUCCUUUAAAUCUCCAAAUGCUGUUUUUUUUAAAACCUACAAUAGUUAUAACUGAUAAUAUUAAUAUACAUUUAAAUUAGUUAAACAAUAUUAAAAUAUAAUUGUUAGUAAAGACAUUAACCAAUAUAACAUAUUGUUUAGUAAUAAAUAUUAUAAAUGGUAUAUACAUUUGGUUCUAACAUAAAAUUUGAACUGCCUAUUGGCAAACUAGUAACCACCCACUAAUUUUAAAUAAUUUAGCGUUCAAUCUACCUAUUGCCCUAUAAUAAUGCGUGUGCUACUGCAUUUAGAUUAUUAAAAUAUUGAUAUAAAUUAUAGUUAAUAAUUAUUUUUAAUACUUUGAUUGUGUACCUUGAUAUAGCGAACUUCCAUUUUCCUUCAUCAACUUCCUUACACAUUUAAUUAGUAACAUUUAAACACUUCCAAUUUCUUAAUUAUUCUUUUACUUUCUGUUAAUCAUAUUUUUUAAUUUCAAAUUAAAUUUAAUGGAAUCGGUGUUUAAUUAAUUUUAUAUCUUUU